AUGCCCAUUCCAAAUGGCACCAUGUUCAUGCCCUCUGUACUGACCUUUAUUGGGAUCCCUGGCUUGGAAACUAUACAGUGCUGGAUUGGGACUCCAUUCUGUGUUAUGUACCUCAUUGCUUUGAUAGGACUUUCACUCACCAUCAAAUCUGAACCCAGGCUCCAUGAGCCUAUGUAUGUCUUCUUGGCCAUAUUGGGAGCCACAGACAUUGCACUUAGUACCAGCAUUGUCCCCAAGAUGCUUGGUAUUUUGGGGUUCCACUUGCCAGAUAUGAAUUUUGAUGCUUGCCUUUUACAGAUGUGGCAAAACCACACAUUUCAUGUUAUUGAAUCAGGAGUCCUAUUUGCCAUGGCCUUUGAUCGGUAUGUAGCUAUUUGCAUCCCACUGCGUUAUACAACCAUCCUGACAACAACCAUGGUCAUUAAAAUGGGUCUGGGUAGCAUGAUCCGAGCCAUACUUAUGGCUUUGCCCUGUCUUCUUCUCAUUAAGAGGCUACCAUAUUAUACCAAAAAUGUCAUCAAUCAUACCUAUUGUGAGCACAUGUCUGUGGUGAAGUUGGCCAGUGCCAAUACUCUCAUUAACAGAGCAUAUGGCAUCUCAGUGGCCCUUUCAGUGAUGGUAUUGGACCUAGGGCUCAUAGCCACAUCCUAUAUCAAAAUCCUCCAGGCUGUCUUUCAGCUCUCUUCCCAGAAUGCCCGCUCUAAAGCACUGGGCACCUGUGCUGCCCAUGUCUGCACUAUUCUUGCCUUCUACACACCUGCACUAUUUAGCUUCCUAACUCACCGCAUUGGCAAGAAGGUACCUCCAAGCGUCCACAUAAUUUUUGCAAGUUUGUACCUUCUGAUACCCCCUACAGUCAAUCCCUUGGUAUAUGGUGUCAAGACCAAGCAGAUUCGUGACCGAGUGAUGGGUCUCUUCUUCCCAAACAAGAAAAUUUCUGAAAACUGA